AUGUGGAACGGGAACGAUGAAAAGAUGGCGGCCGCUAUGGUGCAAAUGUCGUGUUUGUACCGGGGGAUGUUAGCGGUCAGGGCCACUGGCAUCAGGACGCUGAUUCCCGGGCUGGUCCCGGUCCAGUUCCGAGCGUUUUCAGUGCGGAAGGAGCCUGAGCUGGAGGAGAAUCCGUACUACAGCAAGUACCAGGAGAAGAUCCAGAAGCUGCGCAGUGCUAAACCGCAGGAGUACGAGGCCCGAAUGGAAAAGCGGCAUGAAGCCAAGAAGGAAAUGCUCGGACACUCAAAGCAGGCGGAGUUCGUCAGAUUUAUGGAGCAGGAGCUGGAAAAAAGGGACAAGAUGGCAGCUGGUGACGGAACAUCAGGAGGUUUUACUAAGAACAAGACUUUGGGCUCCAUCCUCAACUUGGAGAUGAUCGGGGACAAGACAGGCGAGGAGAUUGCAGAGCUCUGGAUGAAGUAUUAUUCCACCAAGGAUACGAUCAGCGCCGUCAUCCCAACACAGACCUAUGAGAUGAUUUUCAGCAGAUCGAAGUCCUGCCCGAUGUUUCUUUACGCUUUGCCUCAGAAGGAGGGUUACGAGUUCUUUGUGGGUCAGUGGUCCCAGCACGAGCUCCACUUCACCUCCCUAAUCAAUGUCCAGACGCUGGGCGAGAAUGCUCCCAGUCAGCUGAUCAUCCACCACUACCCAGACCUGAAGGAGGAGAAGGGCAUCGUGCUGAUGACAGCAGAGCUGGAUCUCAAGUUCAUAAGUGUCCACCAGGCUCAGUGCUUGGCUAAUCAGGUGCAGCUCUUCUAUGGCACCCAGAGGCAGGAGACUUACCGAUUGGUGGAGCUAUUUAACCACCACCCUGCAGAAUUCAAGCACAUGUCAGUGAUAGCAGAGCUGGAGCAGAGUGGUUUGGGGCCUGCAGCCCCCCCCAGAAGUUCCUGAGAUGGGCUGAAGUCACCACCAGGCAACCUGCUGUCAGGAACUGUUGGUCUAUGUGUAAAGUCACAAAGAUGUUUGUGCUUCUUUGCUCAGCACUUUCAGUGGGAUUCAGCUGCUUCUUGUUCUGUGUAUCCAGUUUGCAACAGCAGCUGCGAGUUAGGAAAAAAGAACUUAAAGAAGCACAAAUAGCUUCUCUCAAAAUUUGCUCCACAUCUUGUGUGUUAUCAAUGUUCCUCCAUGAAAAAAUGAUGUUCAAAUGAGCAGUUCUGUAAUAAAUAAAUCUUACUGUAUCCUGUUCUUCAUAUCAGACUGAGAGGUGAGCAGGAGGACAUGACUUGGCUGUAGCUAACCAAAAAAGCCCAUAUGAAAUGUAAUGACAUGUAUUAAGAGGCUAAAGUGGAACUUGGUACGUUGGGAACCCUUGGUUCUGGUGAUGCAUGUAAAAAUGACUCAAAGGAUGUGGCAGAUGACGCCCCUCCCUGAGCCUGGUUCUGCUGGAGGUUUUUUUCCUGUUAAAAGGGAGUUUUUCCUUCCCACUGUCAUCAAGUGCUGCUCAUAGGGGGUCGUUUUGACUGUUGGGUUUUCUCUGUAUUAUUG